UUUUGGUAGACUAUCAAAUUGACCUUUUCUCCGCAGAUAAUUUUGCCUCCUUUUUGAAAAAGGAAAACUUUUUCUAGGCGCCACGUAAUUUUUCACGGAUCUUCACGCAACCUCAUUAUAUAGACAUUAGUUCACAAAGUGAUCCGGAACUCUUAGCAGGAUACGUGGAGACGUCUCGUGUGAAUAUACGAGCUCCUACGACCUGGAGGCUGGCGGGAAAUUUUGAAAAUUACAGGUCGGCCGCUGUUUACUCUCUAGUUGGUCCUAAUAUCUUAGGUGGCCGUUGCCACCUGCGUCGAGUGGGAAAAACUGUCUCCUGUCAUUCCAGUAAAUAGAAACCGCUCCCAAAUUAGGCUUGAAAUAAUUCUAUCCUCUUUUUUUUCAUUCUUAAAAACAGCAGUAAGAAAUCCAGCGUGUUGAGAAGUCGUCGAGAAAAUGUCUCUCCGGCUGCAGUGACAAUAUAAUUCAUCCGCCACUUAUAAUCUUGCAUUAUGAACCACUGUACCACCUAGAGAUCUAUUAGAGUGAAGUUGCGAUCUGGAAGGAUCGCGGAAACCGCAAGGGAGAAAGAAGAAAAAUAAAAAAACCUGUUUCUGGAUCAUUUCCUGCCGUCUAAAAACCACAGGACUGAAAUUUCCUGGAAGAAGCCCCGUUCCACAGCCCAUUCCUCACGAGAACAAGAACAACGCCGUGAAAACGAGUUCACAAUGGAGGCCAAAUGAUUCUGCCGAAACUUAGUGAACCUUGGAGUAUAUAGUUGCGUAACGGGGUGCGAAAUGGAACAGAAACAGGUGUUUCGAAUCAGCGAAGAGAUGACCUUGUGCGCUACGAUGGAGAAGUUGAACGACAUCGCGGGACAAGAUGAAGAAAGAAGAGUAUCGCGGCACGAAUUCCGGGAACGGAUUGGCCCCUUAACAGGAUUUUCUGAUAUAAAUCAGUUUAACAUCGUGAUGCCACGUUUCACGGCGUUGCUAAUGAACCAUCGCACGAGAGAAGGCGAUGAUGAUCUGCCACGGGCAUCAAAAGAGUGGCACUCCGAAGAAAAUCAAGGAAACAAUGCGGAUAAGGCCAACGUCCUCUUUAAAGAUCAAGAUAACAGAAUUGCACGUUAAAUUACUUAAAAUUACCUAAAAACAAUAAAACCAAGGUGUACACGGCAUCAAACGCGCUACCCAACAUAUAAGAAUGAAAUAAAAUUUGAA